UUUGAUUGCUUGAAUCGCACAUCUUGUUUUUAAUAGUGCCUUAAUGAAUUACGCUUUGGAUUGCUAAUUUAUAUUGGCGUCAUAUUUACUUAACCAAUCCAUUAUUUCACUCAAGUAUGUUCGUUGCUUGCCAGCCAUAUAAACCAGCAGAAAAGUGAAAAUAGGAUUAUAUAACUUUUGAAAUAGGGAAUUUAAUGUUUAUAGGAAUUUAAGAAUUUGACUAGACAUGGAGAUCAAGAGCAUUUUUUUAAAAGACAGUGCCUUAUUGAUGUAUGCCAUUAUCACCAUGGACAUGGUGACUUCCUCCUUGUUUUAUGAAACAUGUGCCCCACCUCCUUCAACGGAUCAAAAGGGUGCUAUGAUGGUAUUGUUUUGUGACAAUCCAAUGUGGAAAACACACUAUAUUGACAGGGUAUUUCCAACCAUUACCGGAUACAUUGUGGAACCAAACCGUGACUUUGUCCAUGAGCUGGAAGUGGAACCAGGCAAUUCUUCCAUCUGGCAUUCAAUUUCAAAGCGGACAUCAAUCUUAUGUUUCCAAGGACUUUAUGACUAUGACGAUACAAGUAUAAUAGGUGCGAUAGAAGAAGGAAAAGUAGGGGAAACAUGCCCUAAACUGAGAUAUUUUAAAACUGAAAACCUAAACCUUAAGAACUUAACAAAGAACACCUUCAAGUAUUUAGAUGAUUUGGCAAUUCUAGCUUUAAGGAAUAAUUCUAUCAAAUAUUUGCCCAUAGACGUUUUUGAAUAUUUGAGAAAUAUUAUCUGGAUAAAUCUAGAUGGAACAGCUAUUCAAACAAUAUCACAUCAACACUUUUGCAUAUGUACAAAUCUUCAGUUUUUACAAAUAAGGUCAAGUAAUCUUACGAAUAUAAAUGAUAUAGCCGACGUACAAUAUCCAGAACAGAGAUGCAGUUUUAAACUUCUUUCUUUUACUUUGGACAGCAAUAUAUUUCUUAAUAUGACGAGUGAAUUAUUCAAGCAUUAUUCAAUGCACGGUGUACUGUCGAUCGCAAAUACAUCGCUUUCAGAAUUGAAACAAGACUAUUUCAUUGGACUUGAAAACGUGUUAUUUCUAAGUUUAGAAAACAAUAAAAUCAAAAUAAUUCCCCAAGACGUUUUCAAUGCAACGUCUAAGUCACUGCAAGGGAUCAGGCUGUCAAGUAAUUUCAUCACAGAAAUAGAUAUAGAAAAAUCCUUCAGAAAUCUUUCUCUCAUUAGUCUUUUUCUUGAAAGCAAUAAGAUUCAGAAUGUCUCUGGCACUUUCCGAAUAUUUCCUGACAUAUUUGAAAUACAUCUGAACGAUAACAAAAUAAGAAAACUACCUCAGGACGCGUUUACAAACCUUACGAAUCUUCAAAUUUUAGACUUGGGAAAUAAUAAGUUAAACUCGGUACCAAGUAGUUUGUUUUCAGGUCUAACAUCUUUGAAACGUUUAAACAUGUCCGACAACAAUAUAGAAACACUCCCGGAAGGCAUCUUUCAAGAUUUAAAUACGGUCGCUACGUUAUCUAUGACAAACAAUUUAUUCAAACAUUUGGAUCCGAACCUUUUUUCGAAUUGCAUCAAACUAGAAAAUCUUGAAGUAUCUGGAAACCAAUUGACUGACAUGAAAUACAUAAUUGUGAAUUCAGCACAUAUAAGAAAUGUCGAUUUGUCUCAUAAUUUUCUUAAAGAUAUACCAAAACUACUGUACUAUGCUGAAGGAAUGUGCAGAAAUAAUAUUUCUGCAAGGUUGCAGACUUUAAAUGCUAGCUUUAAUAAAAUAAGUCAUUUUCCAGCAGAUUGUUUUAGGAAUCUUACCGUCCUUGAUUUGCAGCACAAUUUGCUAACAGAUAUGUUGGAUUUUAAUGGAAUGGAAACUUUACAAACUCUAAAUCUGCGUCAAAACCUCAUAGAGCGGAUUGAAGAUGUUGUUAUUAACCCUUACAAGAUAAGCCUUAAAAGCCUUGAUCUUGGUCAAAACCUGAUUCAUUUUAUUGGACAAGGUGUGUUUCAAAGCCCUCUGGAAUAUCUAUACUUGGAUGGAAACUCACUCAAAUAUCUCGACCCUUUAAACAUGCCAUAUUUUAACUACAUCAGUAUUUCGGGAAAUCCUUUGUCAUGCGGUUGCAACAAUCUUGAUCUUAUAGUAUGGCUUAACAAUCUUAAACCUCAGAACCAUGAUAACGUAACAUGUGUUGGUUCUAGCGACAUAAGAGACUUUGACGUACAGAAGUGUUCUGACGCUGUCGUCGUAGCGCUUUGUGUUUCAAUAAGUGUUUCAUUUGUGAUGUUAACGGGCAUCGUUGUAUGCCGCUACAGGUAUGAAUUACAAGUAAUCGCUUUCUACAAGUGGCAUGUACGAUUCAGACUUCCAUUAAGUUCCACGAAGAGCAGUAAACGACAAACAUACACAUAUGACGCUUUUGUUUGCUUUGCGGAAGAAGACGUGGAUUAUGUAAGAACAACCAUUGUGCCAUUGCUAGAACCUCAAUACAAGCUUUGUAUCUACUACAGGGAUUUUCCAGUCGGAGAAGACAUUGCUGAAGCUAUUCUUAAUGUAAUUGAAAAGAGCGCCGUAACAAUUAUUGUGUUAUCAGAAGCCUUCCUAAAAAGUAGAUGGGGAAGAUUUGAAUUCCGUAGGGCUCACCAUCAUGUUAUGAUGACAGACAAUACAAGAAUGAUAGUUAUACUUUUGGAGGAUUCUGUGUUGAAGAAAAAACUGGAUUUGACUUUGAGAAGUAUCCUGUAUACGAAAGCUUAUCUAAAGAAAAACGAUGCGUUGUUUAACGAAAAGCUCCUCUUCGCUGUGUCGGAGACAAAACAAUUGAGUCAGCCAUUGAAUUAUAUCAGCCCUACUGACAACACUCCGUUAUUAGAUUAACAGUGAUUGUUGAGUAUGUUUUUCAUCGGAGUCAAUGUUGUCAUUGGUUGAACUUUAUUCCUACAGACAGCAGUCGUGAUUAGAUUUGCGGUAUUUGUAGUAUUUAUAUUUCCUUGAAGACAAUUGAGACAUUCUUCAAACUUAUUGAAUUCAAAACAGCACAUCAUAAAUACAAUGUAGAAUGAAAGUAAAUAUUGCGUAUUUUUUCUUUCAUUUUAAAUUGCUUUAUUUGAUUGUUAUAUUUUUAAUUUCACAUUAUGUAUGUGUUUUAUUGUGAGACGUGGUCAUAUUGUACACUCUAUAAUAACAUCGUAUUAAAUUGUUUGUUUUCUUAUUGUCGGCAAUGUUUUGUAUGACUUUAAAAUUACGAGACAUUUCCCAGAAUAUCGUAGGCAAUUACUAUUGUUAAGCGAACGGAGGCCGAGAAGUAAUAACACAUAUAAUGAAGUGUUCGCUGGAGCAAUUGGUUCCCGAUAGUUCAAAUGUGCACAAUAUCGGUUAAUUCAAAAUCAUUUUUUUAUUUUAAUGCAUUAUCACGUUUAACUCAUAAGACUUUAAUGAUAAGAAACAUAUGAUUUUGCAUAACCAACUUAACUGUUUUUGCGACUUUAA